AUGUUAGAGGAUGAAAGAGAAAAUGAAAAGGAAGGCAAUACUGAGUGUGAAGAAGAGGAGACCAUGGAGGAGGUCCUCGCAGAUGAGAAGGCUCAACCAGAGGACACAGAUUCAAUAGUUGCUGGUUCGUCUGCGUUACUUGGACAGGAGAUUAAGAAACAGACAGCUCUAAAAGAGAACUGGAUCCCCAGCAUCGUCUGCAGCCUUACUAAAGAUAUCUACCAUUAUGUAGGGGAGGAUAUCGUUAUUUAUGAAUCCAUAGACUCUUUUGGAGCAAUGAUGUGGCCAGCGGCGUUGGCUUUGUGCUCCUUCCUGGAAAACAACAGGCACAUGGUAAACCUGAAGGGAAAGGAGGUGCUGGAGCUGGGAGCAGGGACAGGACUGGUGACCAUUGUGGCCAGUCUGCUGGGAGCUUCGGUCACAGCCACAGAUUUGCCAGAGAUGUUAGGGAAUCUCCGGGCUAAUGUGAUGAGGAACACCAGAAACCGCUGCAGACACACGCCCCAGGUGGUUGCUCUGCCAUGGAGCUAUGACCUGGAACGCACCCACCCAUCAUCGGUCUACCACUACGACUACAUUCUGGCAGCUGAUGUGGUCUACCAUCACAACUAUCUGGGUGAGCUUCUGGUCACCAUGAAGCAUUUCUGCAAACUGGGAACAACUCUGAUCUGGGCCAACAAGGUCAGGUUUGAGUCUGACUUGACUUUCACUGAGAACUUUAAAAAGGCCUUUAACACAAGCUUAUUGGCCGAGGAUGGAGAGAUGAAGAUCUUCAUGGCAACAAGUAGAGACUGAGAGGCCAAAAAGGUGUGGAUAGAUUUCCUGAGACGCUCCCAUGAGAUAAGCCAUUGAAGUGUACAAAUUGCCAGCAAUUCAAAUGGCUCCAUUGAAAUAAUCCAGUGUUUACCAAUGCUGCUUUGAGCUUGAACUAAAAUUUGUUACCUGCUGUUUUAUACAUGUUGGUGGGGGAUAAAAAAAAAAAAAAAAAUCUGAGGAGAUGAGUGUGAGUUUGGAUCUGCUUUGGCAGUAAGGUUUGGGGAACAAAUGUUCAGAUACCAAAUUCAAGGCUGCUGAAAAUGUGAUCAGUUUUGAAAAUAAUCGCCCAAAAUAUGCAAAAUCAUCUGCCUUCUAUGGUGCAGUCCCUUUCUAGACUCAUCAGACACUUUCUUGUGGGUGCAUGUUACACUGGUCGACAAUAACCAUCAUAUGGGAAAAUUUUCUGUAUCAUGCUGAUAACACACAUCUUGUACACUUUUGUAGAGUUAUAUUACAUCCUCCAACACUCUACACUCAUAUUUUGUAAUUAAUACUUAAAUAGAGCCGAUACACACUUACCUACCACUUUAUUAGGUACACCUUGCUAGUACUGGGUUGGACCUGUUGGGUUUUUUUUGUUUUGUUUUUUUCUUCAGAACUGCUUUAAUUCUUCAUGGGAUAGAUUUAAACAUCUCUCAGAGAUUUUGUUCCAUGUUAACAACAACCACUCUGAGAUUAUUUGAGCUUUGGGAUAUUGUGGAUUAUCCUGAUAGAAGCUGCCAUCAGGAGACGGGUACACUGUGGUCAUUAAGAGUCAAUACUUAAGUUGUGUUGUUAAAAAUAUCCUCCACACCAUUACACCACCACCACCACCACCACUAGCUUAAACCAUUGAUUCAAAAUAGGAUUCAUGUUUUCAUGUUGUUUACAUCUCAUUUUGACCCUAAACAUCACAGCAGAAAUCCAGACAUUUUUACAAUCUUCUAUUGUCCAGUUUUGGUGAAUCCAUGUGAGUAGCCUCAGUUUCCUGUUCUAGCCAACAGGAGUGGCACCCGAUGUGGUCUUCUGCUAUUGCUUCAAGGUUUUGCAUGCUGUGUAAAAAUAGUCAGUUUACGGCAGAUGGCUUUGUUGUUGCUUAGACUUGAACUGUCAUAUUAAGAUGACUUUUAGCCAUCUUUUUCCUCAGAUGGUAGAAUAAGAGGCAGACAAGAAGCUUGGGGAACAGAAAAGACACACAACAACAAUAAAUGUAGGUUGGAGAAAGGUGUAUUAAAGGCACCAAUUUUGUCUAUUAGAAUAAAAUGAUGUCAGCAACUGACUGGAUUGUGUGAUUGACAGUUUCUCAGAUGUAAAGAUUUUCUCUUAAAUAUACUAUGUUUGGGAUAAAACAAAUCAUCUGAUCAGGACUCACUGGGCUGUGGGGUACGGAGGGCCAUAAGUGCCACAAGGAAUUAAAUUAAACACACCAUUAAAUAACUGUGAAUAAUUAAAAUUGGAAGUAAACAAAUGUGUCAAUUAAUCAAAAUUGGGAAUAAGUCAAAUAUUUAAUCAAUAGAACGUCAUUUAAAUAGGAAAAAAAAUAUUAAAUGGCUUAAAUGAAGCAAAUUGAAAUUGAACUUUUUUUCCCCAAUUUUAAGUAUUUAUUUUAUUCAUUUUUGGCUCUCUCUGCCCUCCAUAGUAAGUAUAAAAGAAGCUAUGAAAUGUCUUUUUUUGGCAUGUCAGCUGUACCGCUUUUAAGUCUCUUUUGCUGUAUGUGCAAGUGAUGCUCAGUGAACACGUGAAUUGUUCCAAAUAUUUUUAUUCAGUGUCAUUUUUCUGAUUGUGACUUAUUCCAUGUGACCACAAAAUAGUGACAGUAGCUCGGGGUCUUUCCCACGUCAUCAAGGAAGAAUAGGUAUAAAAUAAUACUAAGAGCAUACAACCUUAUCUCGUAACAUUCGAUAAAAUAUUGGCAUUUACUAGAUUUUAUGACUAUAAAUAUAAACACAACCAUAAGAAGCUUUUCUGAAGUCUUUCUCGACACCAGCGGAGUGAGAGCAACGGAUAUGAGAAGUCUGUUUGGUGCCAUGAAGUGGACGGUAAAGUCCUGUGGUGAACGUUAAGGCCUUUUUAAAAUUAUUUUUAAAGUGAAACUGUCAUUGGCAGCGUGUAAUUGUUGAUAGCAGAGCCCUGAAUGCAACAUCUGUCUGAAAAACAAUCCAAAACUCCAGAAAAAGGAGAAAAGAGAAGAUUUAAAAAAGAAAAAUGGAUUCCAGCAGAGAAACCUGAGACUGCUGCUGAGAAGCUAAAAACAGAAGCAUGAUUUGUGACCACCGAUUCACCCCCAGAAGAGAUUUUUCUGCUCCCCUUGAGGACAAGAGGCUCGAAAGCAGCUGCUUUUACAUUCGUAGGCAUGGACCUUCCACUUGAGAGACGUCUUAAAACAACAUCAGGGAAAGAUGAGACCAUAAACAGUCACAAAAUCCACACCGGAGGGUGGGGGUUCAUCUUCACAUGUGGGGCGUGACUCCACCAUCACCACCUCCUCUCCGAUAUGGUUUACGCCUUCAUACAUGCAGCGAUGAUUAAACCAGCUUAACAUGGAAAAUCGUUCUUUGGUUAAAGUGAUGAAACAGAAAUCAUACUUUAAGUUCUAUGGAUUUAAAGAAAAAAGGGGAAAAAAGAAGAUCUGUCCAUGUUAGAUACGUUCUUAAAUACAACUCUUUGAAGUUUUGCUGAACAGCUUCCAGAAGCAUGUUGUGAGGUUUGUCUAUUUUUAGAAGCAUUUUUUCCAUCUAUACCGUUUUCUUAUGCUUGCACGAGGCAGCGUCGACCAUUUACACAUCACAUCGUCACUACAUGAAGAAAAAGCAUGCACAAAGCCUCAGAGCCGCGCCUAUUCCAAGGUAAGGAGAGGAAAAUAAAAUGUACAUUAGCUGCAAACCUCACUCAAUUCUCACACACGCACUGAAGCCCUAAACUUUUCAGCAGAUGAGCAUCGUGUAUCAUAAACUCUGAGCUCUACUCAGGCACCAACCUUGCCUGGAUUAUUUUGAGUAGAGAAACAUGUGGCACAUGGCAAAUGUCCAGACCUAUGACGUUCAAAGAAAAAAAAAAAAACACCACAACUUGCA